GUCAAAGUUGUGAACUGUAUCGUUUAUACAGAGGACGAUGGUACAUAUAAGGAAUUUCAAGAAGAAGCAAUAGCAAAGGCGACUAGUAAAGGUCUCAAAGAAAUAGAUAUGGUAAACCAAAAUUCUCUGGAUGCAAAGAUUGGAAGCAUAAGUGUUAACAUUACAGUAGGGUCUAUCAUAACUGAAAAAGCUGACGUGAUUGUCAAUAGUUGUCCGUCUGAUAUGAGACUGGAUACAAGACCAGGACUAUCAAAAGUCAUGUAUGAUGCUGCAGGAAAUGGAUUAAAGACGGAAAUUGACAAAAACUAUCCCAAUGGUAUAAAAGUUGGGGACCUUGCUGUGACUGGCGGCCAUUCACUACAUUGUAAAAAACUCUAUCAUGGGUGCUUGACAUCUUUCUUUGCAAAGAGGGAAAGUGGGAUGCUUCCAGAGACGGUUCUAGAAAAUUUUGUGACAAAAUGCCUUGACGAAGCUAAUAAGUAUUCUGUCAAAAGCAUAGUCUUUCCAGCGCUGGGUACAGGAUUUCUGAAAUUUCCACCCAAAACUGCUGCUUCGAAUGUAAUAAAGGCUAUUAGAGACUUCCAGACGAAUAAUGCACAGUCAUCUGUUAAGACGGUUAAGAUUGUUAUUUUUGGUGGAACAAAUGAUUGGACCUCCAUUGAGCAGGCAUACGUAUCAGAAUUAAAUUCAGCAGGACAAGGACAAGGAGGUAAACUGUUCUUAUUUAUCAUUCCAUAAUCUUUAUAACUUCGAUGCCUUUGUAAUAUCUUACAAAAAAUGGAAAAUGAUAUAAAUUUACGGUAAUUUGAAAAUUUACGGAGGCAUUUGUAUAAUAUUGUUUUUUAAUCGGAUAUU